UAAGCCGUGCGAGGCCCUGCAGUGGAAAUGCACCAAUAGUGUCUCUGGUAUAUAUCGUGACGUGUUCACCUGCUCAUUCUGCCGUCACCCUAACACCCUCAAUGUGCACAGCAGAAAUGACUUGACCUCUUUUAUAAGGUAAAGAUUAUUGUUGACUGUUAUAAGACAUGAAACUGAAUGAGUGUGUGUCCACAGAGAACCCAAGUGAACCCUUUGGAGCGUCGGUCAUUAUAGACGGAGUAACGUACGGCACAGGAACCGCAAGUAGUAAAAAACUUGCCAAAAAUAAAGCUGCUCGAGCCACACUGGAAAUCCUCAUCCCUGACUUUGUGAAGCAGACCUCGGAGGAGAAGCCCGUUGAGGGCGAUGAACUGGAGUAUUUUAAUCAUAUCAGUAUAGAAGACACUAGAGUGUACGAGCUGACCAACAAAGCAGGACUACUUUCGCCAUAUCAGAUUCUUCACGAGUGCCUUAAAAGGUAAGAACCAAA